AUGGCGCAUACCCUUACCCAAGCUCGAGAGUGGAAUGCUACUCUCAAGUCCGCACGUCCGGAACUAGUUGCCCUCUUUGUUGGGGGCACUAGCGGUAUUGGAAGAAGUACAGCCAUCAAACUGGCCAGCUCCAUUGCCCGACCAACGGUUUACAUCGUUGGCCGUAAUGAGACAGCCGGUGCUCAGGUCGUGGAGGAGAUGAAAGCCGCCAACCAAAAUGGUUCUUAUUCCUUUAUCGCUGCUGAUGUAUCCGAUCUUCGCAAUGUGGAUACAGUUUGCCAGAAGCUCAAAUCUAACAUCAAAGCUCUGGACCUUUUGUUCCUGUCUUGUGGAGGCUUUACAUUUAGCAAGCAAGAGACCGACGCGAAGAUCGACGUCAAUCACAUCCUUCGAUACUACAGUCGCAUGCGGUUCAUCUACAACCUACUUCCUUCACUCGAAGCUGCCCAAAGCCCCCGCGUAGUCAGCAUUUUGGCAGGUGGCAAAGAAACCAAAAUCCAGGAGGACAAUCUGGAUCUCCAGAAAGAAUUCUCUUUAUCCACCAGCAACGGCUACCCAGCGACUAUGACAUCUCUGGUAUUCGAGGUUCUAGCAUCGGAGCAUCCAUCUAUCAGCUUCCUUCACGUCUUCCCUGGCGUCGUGGCAACGCCGAUGAUGAAGAAAAGCAUGGGAUCCGUUGUUGGCUCUAUCUUGAGUUUCCUGACAAUACCCAUCUCCAUCUCGAUGUCGAAAAGCGGAGAAUGGAAUACCUUCCUUGCUACUUCAGCCGAGUACCCUGCCAAGAAUGCCUCUACUGGUGAAUAUCCAGGAUACUACCUUCUCAAUUAUAAUGGGAAUGACGCGACAAACAAGGCCUUGAUGGAGCAGCUUCGCAAGGAAGGGUUCCCAAAUACUGUUUGGAAACAUACCCUGGCCACCUUUGAUCGAAUUUGUGCUUAA